UAUAUGCCAAAGCACCGUAAUAGGAAGAGACAUUCCAGGAAGAAGACUAAGACUAAGAGCUUAGUGGUUCACCAAGAGAAGCAGUUUAAAGCAAUCUCUUCUGUUAUGUUCCCUCCACAAAGAGAGGAUCAGAAGGAAGACAAACUUUUGAGAGAGAAACGUACCAGCAAGCCAGAAGGGAUACAAAGAGUCUCGCUUAGGAUAGCCAAUGAUAUGGAUGUAUAUAAGUCAAAAAUUAGUCAGGUGUUAAUGAAGAGAAAGAAAAAGAUGGAAGACCCUUAUAUGAGUAGAAUGGAGUCUGACAGUUGGGAUACAGAAAGAAUGGACUCUGCUUCAGACUUCUAUGAUCCUAAAUGAGGAACUUUACCUGAUAAUCUCGUCAUCCGCCCCAGAUACUCAGAACUCCCCAAAACACCUCUAAAGCCAUCCAACUCCCUCUCCCCACCAAAAAUCUCCAAAUCCAUUGCCCAAACCUUCCUCAAUCCCUCAAAUAUCCCCUCCAAAAUGCCUCAAAAAGCUCUCAACAGUUCUAUUCCCACUAAUUUCUUGCGAAACACCCAUCUCAGUCACAACAAGAUCAAGAACUGAUCUUCAAUUCCUGUACCUGAGCUAGGAAUUUCGCAGAAAUUCCUGUCUCAGGAACAGAUUUCCAAAAAUCUGUUCCUGACUAAGAUUGACCACGAUAUUCGGUCUUUCAAGCUGAAUUUUGAGUCACAGAAUGAUUUAGAGGGAGUGAAGAAUAAGACCAGUUUGGUGCCUAGAUGGCCUCUAAAGGAAGAAAUAAGGUAUUUUAAGCAAAAUUAAUGGGAUUUUGGACUAUGAGACAGGGAUUUGAGUGGGAGUUUGGGGUAAUGAUUUUAGGGAAAAUUUGGAAGAAAGGAAGGAGAGUGUGGAGAUUAAGCAAGAUUUUGGGAAUAAAGGAAGCAGUUAUUGUGGGGCUGAAGAGGUAAAAUGGGAUAAAAGAAAAUUUCAAGAUGAAUAUAAGAAGCAAAUAGAUUUAAUAAAAGUCAACAAGAUUGACCUUAACCCUACAGAAAUUCAAGAUAGACGUAAUGAAACUAGAUUAAAAAUAUCUUACAACAGAUCUCUUCAACCUUCACCUUUUGUAACUGCUCAGAAGAAGAAACUUAAAGGAAACAAUUUGUUCAUGAAGACUUAUGAUGAUUCCAAAAUGUAUUACAGAGAACAUAAUUAAAAAGAAAGAUACCUUGAGGACAGCUUUAGGGUCAAAGCUUCAAGUUGUUAAUUACUCAUCAUUAGCAAAAAAGUCCCAUUCGAUAUCAACUCCUGAUAUAAAUGAAACUAAGAUUGAUUCUGAGAGUAUUAAAGAAUCUGAAACUACUAAAGAUAUGCAAAACCCUCCUUCGGUAGUCUACCAAAAAUUUAGAAUAACAGUAUCAAAAAACCAUUCUGAGCUUCGUAAAAAUCUAAUGUCCCAUAAAUAAACAAAAAGUCCUAAAAUCCAAACGCAAAAAGCACCUUCCAAUGCUUCCUAGCCUGUCUAAAGGCUUAAAAGGGAUCAAAUCCACUUCAAAAUCAAGUAUAAGUGAGAAAAUUGAACAAGAGUUCCACAAAUUUCCUUCAAAACCACCUUCUCACUUGAAUUCUGGUCAAAUUUCACCUCAAAAAUCGGACCAGUUACAUCUUCACCAGUCUAAUUCAGCUGCUGAUUACCUGUGCCAGGCGGCACAGGAGCCUAGCCAGGUGACCUUCAAUAUAGGCUGAGGGGCUAAGCCCUCUAGAGGGUUUAGCCAAGGUAAUGUGAAGGAUCAGUUCUUGCCAAUGUCCAAGAGCUUCACGAAGAAAUUCGAUUAAGAAUGAAGAAAUUGGGAAUAAUUUCAGGAU